AUGCCGCAAACCAUUAGAUCUAUACUCGGCAAGUCUGGCCGAGUCACCAAGCCUUUCAAAUCAUCAACACCUUCUCGCAAAGGUUCAAGCACAACUCCACGAAGACCCGCACGCAAACCCAAGGAUCAAGAAACAGACCUUUUCCAAGAUAAACUUGAUGACAUAGGCCUAGCAAAAGUAUUGGAGGAAAGUCUCACGCUCAGGGAUGUUGUUCAGGCAAUGCGAUACAUCCGAGCGCGGAUGUUUAGUCCCGUGCCGCCAACUGGUUUCAACUCAACUAGGACGGCAGAAGUGCUCAACUAUAGGGCUACCACAUCGCCUCUUGUCACCGUCGGGCAUCUUAAUGCGGUACUGCGAUCCCCAGGAAAGGUGGAACGAGAACUUGCAGAGUUGGUGGCAAAGGGCGUAAUACGAAGAGUGAGAGUUGAGAGGCGCGGAGGCGGAGGUGAAGCAUUGAUAGAGACGCCUGACUAUGAGGAUAUGCUUAACAAGGCAUCUUUGAGUGAGGACACCAAGAACGCAUUCAAAAGAUUUCUGAAAGAGAACCCGACUACACAGGUACUGUACAAGGAUGCCUUGGAAGGCAGGCAAACCGAUGAACUCAUCCGUAUGGGGUUUCUGACAAGUUCUACGCCAUCGGCGCCAGAGAGCACGCUCGACAUCCGACCCGAGGAUCGAACAACCCUGACUUCGAUUCAUCACGUUUCACGAUUUGCAUCUGGCACAGUAUCGGCUGUUGGAGGACGAAACGCAAUUCAUCUUGCAGGCGGCGGUGGCGGCGCCCCGACACUUACACGGUCAUGUUCUACACCAUCUGGUCAUCGUAUUGCAGUGCCAGGUCACGGUCGGCAUCUCAGGCUGGCAACAGCCACUGUUAACUGGGUACGAGAGACACUACGACGGACACGCUGGGGUGAAGGGCCGGAGAGUUGGCUAAAGGAGCGGUUCGAGGGCGGCGGUUUAUAUGGGCCAAGGUGGAAGGAAUUCUGGGGAGUUGAAUGGUCGUGGGUUCUAGGAGAGGCAGUCGGGCUGGGUGUUGUGGAAGUGUUUGAGACAGGAAGUGUAGGAAGAGGAGUGAGAGCAUUGGGAGGUUGA